CUUUGAAUUUCUCUUCUAUUUCUAUCUCUAUCUGUGUCUAUAUCAUCAAAAUUAAAUGUACGCAUAUAUAUACCGCCAUUAAUGCAAACACCUCAUCAAUUCACCCACCUACUUCUUCUAAAACCCUAAUCUCUCCACCUCCAUCAACCCAUUUUCCAAAUGGACAUCCAUCUCACCAACCACCUCAAUGUCCACCCCACCCUUACCCCCAUCCCCCACUCAUUACUACCUAACUAACAUCGGUCUCGGCUACGCCAUCGCCAUCGCUUUCGGCUUUUUAGUUCUCUUAUCCUCUCUCCUUCUCGCUUCCUAUAUCUGUUUCCGUCACCGUCAACGUUUCAAUAACCGUCAUCAUCAUCAUCAUCAUCAUCAUAACGAUAACGGCGGCGUUAUUCUGCCUAGUAUAAUAUUUGUUGAUGAAACUAAUGAAAAUGAUGAUCAACAAAACGUCGUCGUCGGGCUUGAUCAAGCGGUUAUUAAUUCUUACCCAAAGUUUCCGUACCAUAAAAAUGAUAUGGUGAUGGUUAUUGAUUCAGUUUGUGCUAUCUGUUUGUGUGAGUAUAAAGAAGCUGAAAUGAUGAGGAUGUUACCUGAUUGUAAACAUUGCUUUCAUUUGCCCUGUGUUGAUGCUUGGUUGAAAUUAAACGCCACGUGUCCUGUUUGCCGGAGCUCUCCACUUCCAACGCCGUUGUCUACUCCGUUGGCGGAGGUUGUUCCUCUUUCUCAGUACUCUGAUGGCCGUCGUCGUCGGUGAUUGGAGAAUUAUGGAAGUGACCGGAGGUGAUUUGAUGAUCGGAGUUUUUUUUUCAGAUCUAGGGUUUUGUGAUUGUUUAGUGAAUUGAUGAUGGUAGUGAUAUUAGAUAAUUAUGUGAUUUUUUUGAUUUUGAUUAGUGAAUUUUAUGAUUGUUAUUGUUACAUUUUCGAGCUAUCGAUUUGAUUUAUAUAUCUUUGUUUUAUAA